GUUAUCUUAAAAAACAGGAAAAUAAAGCAAAAGCGUCUUCUCUUCCGUUGAUAGUUCAUCAUCUUCUCGACUGCAUUUUUAUUUUAUCCGAAAGAUAGGGCCUCCAGUGGCCACCAAAUCAGCAAAAGAAGAGAGACCGAAUUCACCGCAGUAGCAAAUUCUUCGGAAGAAUGGCGUCGCUGUUAGCCGGAGCUGCUGUUCCUAUGGCGUCCCUAUCCUUCUCCCGUCAUCAAUCUUUGCCUUGUUCUUCCUCUGUCUCAACUUCACUCUCAUCCACCACUUCAACACUUCCUCUCAUUUAUUGUGGAAGAGGAGACAGGAAGACUGCUAAAGGCAAACGCUUCAGUCAUUCCUUUGGAAACGUGAGCUACAUACAUAUUUUUUUAGUUGUCAAUUUUUGAAGUUUCUUUUAAUCAAUUUGGGGUAUAAGAUGUUGUGAAUUUUACUAAGAGAAUUGUAUGUUCGUCUUUGCAUAUAGGCGAGGCCCAGGGACAAGACCAAAGGGAGAGGACCGCCUAGGGUUCCUGUACCACCAGCGCCACCGAGGAAGGAUCGGUUCGACGACGGUGAGGUUGUGAAGAUCGAGAUUGAUGAGUCUCUGGGCUGAGCCGCCGCCUCCCGAUGAAUGAUGAAUUUGAGUUUCUCUUUUUGUGUAAUUUCUGAGGAUCAUUUCAUGUGCAACUUCAUUCUGUAAUAUUAGACCGCUUAUCCAAUGCAAUUGCAAUGUUAUAUUCGCUUUGAAUUUGAUUGUUGUUCUCUCCAGGCGUCUGUAAUGGAUCUAACGAGUGGUUGCGGAUUUGUCCACCGGCCAUUAUUCUUUUUGUGAGUUUUGGACAUUAUCAGCAAUGUAGUCCUAAUUCUUGUACUAUUUGGAAAGCAAUUUGCAUAUUCACUCAGCAUCGCUAGAUUGGUGAGAUUUUGGACACUUCCAUGCGAAUCGCAACGUAUGGUGUGGAAAUUUAUCUUCACUGUUAGGUAUUAGUGAUUAUGCGUUACUGAAUACUGAUCAGUUUGAAACGGCAAAUUAUUGAAACUCGAAAGACGGAUGCUGUCAAGCAAGUUUGCC